AUGGCCGACGCACGAGCUCUUUUGCGACAACAGCGCGCAGCACGGCAACAGGCGCAAAAGCCCCAAAAGCAAUCGGCAGCUCCUGCGACUGCACCCACGUCCAAAAAGCGCAAAGCUGCGGAUGACACGGUCGAGGAGAGGAAACGCACGCGAACAGAGGAGGAGGCCGGUGUGCCAGCGGGUUUCUUCGAUGCUGGGGCUGCGAAAGAUGAGGAAGAGGUCGCGCCGGAAGCCACAGCCCAGGAGAGCGCGCCAAUACAAGACACCAAGCCAUCAGAACCACCAAAGCCGGCUGAGCCGCCACUCGAUGCUACUGCUCAAGCGGAGCUCGAUGCCUUCUUGAACGAGAUGAACGCUGCGAAACCCGCGUCACCUCCGCCCACCAAAAUAGCCUACUCGGGCGCUGUCAUUGAAGCUGCGCCCAUGACAGCCGCAGAGAUUGCCGCACAAGCGCGUGAGGACCAGAGCGCACAACGGGCGAAACGGGAUGAGGAGAUGGAGGGCGAGAAGGAAGAUGCCGCGCGGGCACUGGAAGAUGAAUUCGAGGAGAUGGAAGGUCUCGAAGAGAGAGUCAAGCGGCUACGCCAACAGAGGGAGGCUCUUCGCUCUACCUCUGGUGGGAUAAUGAAGGCAGAGGACGAUGGUGUCCAACCAUCUCCUUCCGCUGAAGAAGACGGGGAGAGCGAGUCUGACGACGACGAGGACUGGGACGACUGGAGAUUUCGUCCCGCUUGA